AUGCGACAGGCAGCACAGCGAUACAUACCGCCUUCCAGGCGGAGGGAGGGCGGCGCAGCAGAUGCCGCCGACACUGAGCCCAGGGGGCUGGAGGGGGCUGGCCCAGAGCUGUCGCAGGUGCGCCUCGUGGUGCUGCGCCAGGGCACCACUGCCGCAUUGGACACCUCCAGCUGCCCGCUGGACAUAGAGGCGCAAGAGGGCGACCCGCCGGCCGCCUGGAUCAUUUAUGUGCCGGAGCGAGAGCCUGAGCGGCUGCUGAGGUGGUUUGCCAGCGUGCUUGGCGGCGGCGCUGCCCGCCUCGAGUUCCCUGCCUCGCUGAGCAAGCGGGAGCGCGCGUGGUGGCACGGCAUCGCCAACCGACACCGCCUGCACACCGAAUCGGUGGGGGUGGGGGAUGGGCGAUACCUGACCGUCAGCACGGCGGCACCCGGCGGCGGCGAGGAAGGAGGCGAAGCGCCAGAGGGUGGCGCGGCCAGGGGCGCCGCCAGGCUGACCCGGGAGCAGCAGCAGCGGGCGAAUGCGAUCUACGAUGCCUGCCAGAUGGAGGGGGGCAAGUACUGGGAGCGGAGCCGGGGAGAGGUGGAGGCCCUGGUGGCGUCUGGGCAGCCGCUGCCAGCCGACCUCGAGGCACUAGCAGACAAGCGGCUGCGUGGGCAGCGGGUGAAUGAGCUGCUGCGGGGCGGCAGCCCCACCGAGGCGCUGGAGCUGCUGAGCGUGGACCCCAAGCUGGCAUGGGUCAAGGACUCGCAGACGGGGGGCUACCCCGUGCACAUAGCGGCCUGGAAGGGCUACGAGAGCGUGGCGCUCUUCCUGGCCUCCCUGCCGGGCGUGCUGGAGCAGCGGGACGGGCGGCGCGAGACGGCGCUGGCUGUGGCGCGGCGGCGGCGCCACGCCGCCAUCGAGGAGUUGCUGCUGGAGGCGGGAGCCAACCCGGAGCAUGCCAGCUUCCAGGAGGCGGCGCCCAGCAGCAGCGGCGGGGCAGCAGAGGAGGGCGAGUACAUGUCUUGGUCGGCGGAGGAGCGGCAGCGGUACAGGCACGGCGGGGAGGGCGGCGAGGCGCCGCCAUCACGCUGCCCCUGGUGA